CGAAACGUCCACUUCGGCCGAAGUUCGCUCUCAGGCUUCCGAAUCAACCGGUUCUCCCUCUGUUAUACAGGAAGACUCGAUAACCGCGGUACAAGCGGGCCCUUCGGUUCCAAGACCGUUGGCAGUGUCUUUGAGCGCCAGGCAGCUACUGAAUCAACGGUUACAGAAGUACAAGCUGCCUGCCAUGUUUCGAGCCGAUCCUGUAGGACCAGCAGACAACCAGCGGUGGAAGGGAACUUUUUGGAUAAAAGAUACUCUAAUCGGAGCAUCCAAAUUGGAAAGGUCCAAAGCCCAAGCCAAAGAAGGAGCAGCUCUUUCUGCAAUUAAAUGGAUGAAUACCCACCACUACUAUUAA